AUGAGAAAUUCAUGAAGUGGAAGCCAAGUAAGCCGAAAACCUCUCUCAGAUUUAAUGAGAAGCCAGCAAGUCAGUAUCGACCAAGAUCAAGUUUCAAAUGUCGCAUCAGAUAUCACUGAUGAUUAUACAGGGCCGUCAUUAGCUUUAUUUGCGAAAAUUAUACCUUCAUAAUUAAUAGACAUUUUCCUAUAAUAAGUUACUAUAUCUUAAAAUUAUUCAAUAUUUAUAGGUUUAUAUGAUCUAAAAAACUAGUCUUUACUCAACUCGCCCAACAAGGUGGAUUACGGCCACGCGUAAAAAUGAGCCCUUCUGAGCUACUAUCAUUACUAAAACGUUCCGGAGUCGCUACAAAUAUGCAUCAACUUAAAGCGUUUCUGCGAUAUAUGCAAGUUGAGAGUGCAUCUCCGCUAGAUAUAGUUGAAGCUGCUAGAGCCCUUGGCAAUAAUGAGAGUGGCCUUACUUCAAUAGAAGAAAUCGACACAGGAGAAGAAAAAUUCCCAGUAUUUGUACAUACUGAUAGGUAUUCUGAAAGGGUCAGAGAAGUAUUAAAAGACACAGAUUUAAAAGCAUUUUUUAGAGAAGCCACACUUGGGACGGGCGUGAUGGAUAUUGAUAGCUUUGCAACAGCAAUUUCAUUGAAAAGUAAUGGAAGGGUAAGACAAAUUGAAGCACAAAAAGCGUUUGAAAAAAUUGCGAAUGGGAAUGAAAAUUUUACUGACUCCCUUGCUGUUAUUAAGAAAAAAUAUAUUUUAAAAAAAUGAGAAUGAGAAAAAAUUUUUAAUAUAAAAUUUUUAUAAAAGAUUUUUUGAGAUAUAUAAAUGAUAAUAUUAUAAUUAAAUCAAUGCUAAUUCUAUUGAAUGCUUACACUCUGUAACAUGAUAAUUAAUCUUUCAUUUUCAAUUUGGAAGAAUUUGUGAAUGCCUUUAUACCAUUAUAAAAGAAAUAUUGAUAGCCAUUAGACUGAUUUUAUAUAGUGAAUAGAUUUUUUUAUUUAUUAAAAAUGACUAUAUAAAAAUUACGAGAGACCAGGAAGGACGUUAACUCAUUCAAUAAAAAUUUUAAAAAAUUGGCUGAGAGACGAAAAACUCACUACUGAGCAAGGAUUCGAGUAUUUGCUAAGGAUCACUGGAGCAAAUAAAACUUUAAAUUUUGACCAAUUUGUGAUAGGGCUAACAGAAUUUAAUUUUAGUCAAUAUGAGCUUUAUUUGUUAUUUAGAGAAAUUGAUUCGAAACAAGAUGGAGUAAUUGACUUGACUGAGUGGAUGAAUAAAAUCUAUGAGAGCUCUGGGCCUUAUCAGUCACUGCGAGACAUUGUCCUUGAAAAUAAUUUGCAGACUGAUGAUUUACUCAUCAAAAUGGAUUUAAAAGACAAACAAAAUAUCGGCUUAGCUGAAUUUGCAAGUAUUUUACAAAAAAUGGACCCUACUUUAACAGCUGGAAAAGCUGUAGAUUUAGCAAAAAUCGCUAUCGGCAAACAAGGAUACGUUGAUUUGCAAGAUUUUCUAUUACAAUUAUCACAGAAACCUGUGGAUUACGAAGGCGACUGAAAAGAACAAAUUUUAAGAAAAAUCCAAAACCAUAUUAAAGGAAACGUCGAAAAAAUGAAAAAAAUAUUUGAAGACGCUGACGAACGAAACAAUGGAAAAUUGCCACUUGCAGAUUUCCAGCACUGUUUGCAUAAAGCAGAUAUUGGGCUUCCUGCGAUAGAAAUUGAAAGACUUGCCAGAAUUCUUGAUAGAAAAGGUGACCAUUUGGUUGAUUAUACAGAUUUUUUGGACCAUUUAGAAGGAAAAAAUUUAAGUCCUCCAGACCCUCUUAAAAAAACUAUCCUCAGGCUUAUAGUAUUUCUCCGUCAAAAUUCCCUCGCCCCAGCACAACUUCUGAAAAGACUAGGAGGGAACGUCACAAUAGAAACCUUUGCCAAAUUUAUCAGAAUAAAAGUAGAUAAACGGCUUGACCGUGUCACUGCUUAUGAAGUUUCUAAUAAAUUUGACAUGAACCAUGAUGGAAUUAUUGAUAUUGUCGAUCUUUCAGCAGCCUUAAAUAGUAAAUCCUAUGCUUCUUUUUCGCGAAAUUCUCCAUUUCCAACUGAUAAAUUGAACCAAGAAAGAGCUAAAGGCAUUAUAAGAGAUGUAAGAAAUGCCUUGAUACAGAAAAGGAUGAAUUAUAAGGACGCAUUUACUGCGUUUGAUACAAAAAAUAACGGGAUGCUGACUUGCAAAGAAUUUUCUGAUGGAAUUGAUAAGGUUAUAGAGCUGUCUCAGCCAGUCAAAAAUGGGCUUUUUGCCAUUAUGGAUAAGCAGGGGAUUGGCUUGAUUGAUUAUAAGGCGUUUUGUGAUGUGAUAAAAGAAGGGGAUGUGCAUGAGAAAGAACAUGGAGAUUCGUGGAGCUGGGAAACGAAAAUUAUUCAUAUGAUAAAAAAAUGGAUUAUAGAGAUUUUUAUUGAUUUAUUAUUAGAUUUAUAAGGCCAAGCUCUGGUUUUUAUAGAAAAUAAUUAAUUUUAUCAUAAAUUAGCUGAUUUAUAGAGAAAAUAGAGAUUACUCAAGAAGGAAUUAGCAUCGAAAACGCAUUCCGGGCAUUUGAUAAGGAUUUUGAUGGGAUGAUGAGCAAAGAAGACUUACGACAAAGCCUAGUCUCAAUCUUAAAACUUGAAGAAAGAGAAAUUCCUUCAUCAAGACUUGACAGGCUUUAUAAGCUUAUGGACAACUAUAAGCGAAAUUCUGUAUACCUAGCUGACUUCAAAAUAUUAUUUGAAGAAAAUAAAGUCCAGGAUUGGCGAGACUCAGCCAAGCAGCAGAUUGGGCUUUAUUUAUCAAAAAAAUUUUCUGAUAAUAUAAGGUCAUUUGAAUUCGUGUCACAACUGACAGGGAAAAUUACCUUUCAGCAUUUUGAUAUACUCAGAUAGUUAGUAAGAUAAUUCUGUUUAAUCUUGCUUCUGUUUUCUGAAGCACUACACAUGAGAAUGUCUUCCGCUCUGAGCAGCAGGUCGGCAUUUACAAGAUUGUCAGAAUUUCGUUCAUCUCAGCUUCAAAAAACGCUCUUUUAACCACUAUCCCUGCCUAUGUAUAGUGUCUCUAUUGAUCUAGACUCUUAGAAAAAUCCAGGAUUCCCUUCGCUAAGUCCUAGUAAGUGAACUACUCCUACCAGAUCCCAUUUUUAAAUUGUGAUAACUCAUAUAGUUAACAUUAUUAUUAAUUUCUGUAAGUUUUUUCUUUAAUAUAAGAAUUCCUACAGAAAUUAUUUAGCACGUUUUUAUUAAACUGUAUAAAUGAAUCCAGAAAAAUCAAAUUUUGCAAGGAUUUAACCUGACCAAUGAGCUAAACCAGCAAUUAUUUGCAAGCUUAGAUUUUCACAGAAAAGGAUACUUAUUACAGCAUGACUGGGAUUUAGCCUUUGGAAAUAUCAGUUGAAAUAAGCAAUGCUUAGACGAGCUAAAAGACGCUAUACGCUCCACAUUUACCGACACAAAUAAUGCAUUUUCUCAUUUCCAAAGAUACGCAAAAGGCUCAGAGCUGACCAUUUCUGACUUCUCUGAAGGAGUCCACGCCUUAAUCCCUGACCGUUUUUCUAGCAAAGAUAUCAAUGAUUUAUGGCAACAAAUAGUUGGCCCCAACCCAGGCCUGAGUUUCCCUGUUUUUAAGCAGGCUUUUGAAGACGUCAAGUUUUUAUCUCGCCUUUCUUUUUGUAAAUCCUCUAUGAAAUCGCGGUCUUUAACAAGGGAGUCUCGAAGAGACCUAAAAACUCCAUUUUCUACCUUAAGCUAUAGAUCUUAUGAGGAAGACCCAUUAAAAAGGCUACAGUCCAUGAUUUCUGUUUCUAAUACCAGGAUUGAAAAUAUUUUCAGCGAAAUUGACUCGACUUCGUCUGGAAAAGUCUCGUCAUUUGAGUUCAGAAAAGCGCUGAGGAGGCUCAAUUUAGGCCUAACAGCAAGGGAAAUAGAUAAUAUUGUUAUGAGGUGUGACGCGAAUAAUAAUGGAAUUAUUGAUUGGAAAAAUUUUAUGUAAGAGAGUCUAAAAAUGGUAGAAUUUUAUAUAGUAAUGGACAUAGAUAAAAUUUAAUGGUAAAUGGUAUAACAAUCAGUUUGUGAAAUCUGGGGUUGAAAACCAAAUAAAAGGAAUCGCUAGUGAAAAAAUAGAAAAAUAUACAGAAAACAUGUUUUCUUAUAUGCUGUCACCUCGAGAUGCUUUUAACCAAUUUGACAAAGAAAGGUCUGGGUAUUUAAGUUUUGAAGCCUUUGUCAAUUUGAUGACAAAGCUAUGCAAACUUUCAAAAGAUCAAAUACCUAGCUUUACUGUGCUGAGAGAUUUAUUUGAAAUUAUUGACUUACGGAAAGACGGAGUCCUUGACGUAAAAGAAUGAAUUUCUACCUUUAAAUCCCAUGCUCCAAUGCCAUGGGAAAAUUCCCAGCUAUAUGACGACGUGUGCCUUUCUAUUUCCAAGCAUAGAAAAGGCUUACUCCUUACCUUUGAAGCCUUAUCCGGGACUGGUUUUGUCUCUUUCACCGAAGCUAAAAACAUCAUCACCAGUAUCCUCAAAGGUACAAAACUCCCAGACAUAUUAUGAAACCAAAUCCUCAGAGUUGCCUUAAAAGAUGGCAAAAUUGACUAUAAGUUUCUACUCGAAGUAUACAAAAACCGAGCAUUAACCAAACAAAUGCACCCAAAAAGUACAGCGAAGCCAGAAGAAAUUUCACUUAAAGCUUAA